AUCUGAAUCGGCAGAGGAAGUCAUAACUUUGAUUUUUUCAGUUUUAAAAAAUAGAUUGUUUUUUGUUUAUGCUAUUUUAAGGGGGAAAUUAUGUGUCCCUUGCCACGACGCGUGCCUGUAAAAUAAAAACGACGUCGUUCAGGAGAAGCCUGAUUGGGUCUCACACGAGAGUCUCAAACUCUCAGGCUCUGCUAAUCUGCUUCAUAGUUGCUUCAUCUCCGUUUAGUCACUUACUCGGCCUUUCUAGAUAGGUUUCUAAGGUGGAUAUAAUUUACUAAAUGCAAAUUAAGACGUGGAGUGAAUGCACUCUACUUUAGCAGAUGCCCAAAAAUCUAUUGGAUUUUGAUGGCCAAGUUUUUCAUAUACAAUAAUGCUGAAAGGCGCAAAGCUCAUGGUUCAUGUGGGCGAAACCCUGCAGUCUUUGCCCAGUCUCCAAUAUUUCAUCUUGGGGUUUCCCAGAAAUUAUAGUUUUAGCAAAUUGAAAGAUGAUGAUUCAGAAAAUGAGACAGAAUGGGAAAGAUUACUCAAACCAUUUGACCUCAAAGAGCUUCGAAGAUCUUUUAAUCAAAUCACCCCAUUUCAACUCUGUAAAUUGCUUCUAUUGCCACUUGAUGUAUCCACAUCAAUGGCGAUAUUCCAAUGGGCAGGUUCCCAGAAGGGCUACUGUCACACAUUUGACGUGUAUCAUGUGUUAAUUGAUAAGCUUGGGGCAGCCAAGGAGUUUAAAGUUAUAGAUAAGUUGUUGUUGCAGAUUAAAGAGGAAGGGAUUGCUUUUAGAGAGUCCCUCUUCAUUUGUAUCAUGAAAUAUUAUGGGAGGGCUAAUUUGCCUGGCCAAGCUACUAGGAUGUUAUUGGAUAUGAAGGGUGUUUAUUGUUGUGAACCAACCUUUAAGUCGUAUAAUGUUGUGUUGGAUAUACUAGUAUCUGCUAAUUGUCCUAGUGUUGCAGCUAAUGUUUUUUAUGAGAUGUUGAGUAAGGGCGUUAUUCCCACUGUUUACACAUUUGGGGUGGUGAUGAAAGCGCUUUGUAUGGUUAACGAAGUUGACAAUGCUUGCUCACUACUUAGAGACAUGACAAAACAUGGAUGUGUGCCAAAUUCAGUGGUCUACCAGACUCUUAUACAUGCACUUUCCAAGAGGGAUAGAGUGAAUGAGGCAUUGAAACUUUUGGAGGAAAUGUUCCUGAUGGGUUGCCUGCCUGAUGUUGAUACCUUCAAUGAUGUUAUCUAUGGGUUGUGCAGGCUCAACCGGAUUCAUGAGGGGGCAAAAUUGGUUGACCGGAUGCUUUUCCGGGGUUUCACCCCUAAUGAUAUUACCUAUGGUGUUCUAAUGAAUGGGUUGUGCAGAGUGGGGAAAGUUGAUGAAGCCCAGGUAUUGUUAAACAAAGUCCCUACUCCAAAUGAUGUGCACUUCACUAUCUUGAUCAAUGGGUAUGUGAAAAGUGGGCGCUUGGAUGAAGCGAAUGCUUUUUUGUAUGAUAAGAUGAUAAAAAAUGGAUGUAGGCCUGAUGUUUUCACAUUUAACACACUGAUACAUGGGCUCUGCAAGAAGGGGCUUAUGGGUUCCGCUGUCGAUAUGGUUAAUGACAUGUCCGCCAAUGGCUGCACGCCCAAUCUAAUCACAUAUACUACUUUGCUUGAUGGGUUCUGCAAGAAAAAUCAACUAGAGGAAGCUGGUUAUGUUUUAAAUGAGAUGUCAGCUAAGGGAUUUGAACUGAAUAUAAUGGGAUACAAUGUCCUAUUACGUGCUUUAUGCAAGAAUGGGAAGGUUCCUAAAGCUCUAGACAUGCUUGGUGAAAUGUCAGACAAAGGAUGCAAGCCUGACAUUUUUACAUUCAAUACUCUAAUUUUUGGUUUAUGCAAGGUCGAUAGGAAGGAAGAUGCCUUAGCUCUGUAUCGUGAUAUGUUAUUAGAUGGUGUUAUUGCUAAUACAGUAACUUAUAACACAUUGAUUCAUGCUUUUCUGAGAGGAGGCGCAAUACAAGAAGCACUUAAGCUUGUGAAUGACAUGUUAUUCAGAGGAUGCCCACUUGAUGAAAUUACUUACAAUGGCCUAAUAAAAGCAUUCUGCAAACUUGGGGCCACUGAGAAAGCAUUGGGAUUGUUUGAUGAAAUGGUCAGGAAGGAUUUAGUUCCCAGCAAUAUCUCAUGCAAUUUAUUGAUCAAUGGUCUAUGUAGAGUCGGGAAAGUAUGUAAUGCACUUGAACUUCUGAGGGAUAUGAUUCAUCGAGGAUUGGCCCCUGACGUUGUUACCUACAACAGCCUUAUUAAUGGUUUAUGCAAGAUGGGAAACAUUCGGGAGGCUUUCAAUCUCUUCAACAAGUUGCAGGCUGAAGGAAUACAACCUGAUGCUAUUACUUAUAACACUUUGAUUUGUUGGCAUUGCAGAGCGGGAAUGUUUGAUGAUGCCUAUUUACUCCUCCUUAGAGGGGUUGAGAAUGCCUUCAUUCCUAAUGAUGUGACAUGGUAUAUCUUGGUGAGCAAUUUUAUUAAAGAAAUUGGCAAGGAGAGUAAAACCUUAUCCUAUUCUCAGUUUUAAGUGACUGGAGAUGCUUGUGCUCUUUGAAGAUGGAAUUUCCUUUGGCACUGCAAAAGUGAUCCCUUCCAUCUGCAUCCAGGUGCAGAAUAUUUUCCUUGGAGCAGUUUUACACAAUAUGGAGCUGUCUUAUCCUUCUACUCCCUACUUAAAGAAUGAUCAUUGAUGCCACUCUAAAAGAUAAGCAGAUGAAGUGUAAUUAAUGUAGAUGAGUAUCUUAAGGUAAUACCUUGCUCGUGGAUUAGUUGAAUAUGGAUGUCAAAGGGAUCCCUCUGGAUUAAUUUUAGUCCAACAAUCAUAUAUAAUGUCUUCUCCUUCCCCCGCAAUCCCCCGAUACUACAUGAGGCAACUUCAUUCUGGUUAGAGUUGAAUCAGUUGCUACUCACAGCAGCAGAAUGAGUCAGGAGAGACUGCUACCUGUUAUAAUGUGCCUUUAUUCAACUCUUAUUCUGUAUCUAGCAAAUCUAUGUAAUUCAACACAAGUACAUAAUCAUGUCCUUUGGCUGAUUUUUGACAAAUUCAUGUAGGAUGUGCAUCUGAAAUGCAAAGUCACGUGCCUUUGUGUGUGGCACUGACAAUUUGAAUCACAACUUGAGUAAUGGAUUACUAUCAUAUUUGAA